AUGCGUUUGACAAGUGUUUUUAGAGAGAGAGAGAGAGAGAGAGAGAGAGAGAGAGAGACGGAAGAAGUGUGGUAUGUGAAGGGUUUAUGGAGCUUGUGUCUGGUUGGGUUUUGCAGUUUGAUCGGAUAUAUCGUUAAUGUUGUUUGGAUGAAGCCGGAGAGGCUUCGAGAGAAGCUAAGAAGGCAAGGUAUCACAGGACCUCCACCUACUUCUAUUCUGUCUGGAAAUGUUGCUGAGAUGAUGAGGAUCAAUUCAGAGGCGGUUUCAAAUAUGAAGUUGCAGGUCAGGGAGCAUGGAGAUAUUGCUGCCCAUGAUUAUACUUCUCUUCUCUUCCCACAUUUUGAACAUUGGAGAAAACAAUACGGUCUAGUAUACAUGUUUUCAAUUGGAAGGAAUCAAAACUUGUACAUAAAUCACCCUGAUCUGGUGAAGGAGAUAGGCCAAGUUAUGUCUUAUGAUUUAGGCAGGUCAUUGCAGGUAACAAUGACGCUUAGACCUUUGCUAGGUAAGGGCGUUAUUCCCUCCAAAGGCCAUCUUAGGUCCCACCAAAGGAAAAUCAUUUCAGCUGAGUUCUCUAUGGACAAGGUUAAGGGCAUGGUGGGGCUAAUGGUGGAGUCUGGGGUAACAUUGAUUGAAAAAUGGGGGAAGCGAAUAGUUGAAUCUGAAGGAGGGAUUGCUGAGAUAAAAGUUGAUGAAGAUUUGAGGGAGUUUUCUGCCAAUGUCAUCUCUAGAGCUUGUUUUGGGAGUUCCUACUCUCAAGGCAAAGACAUCUUCAUGAAGAUCCGAGUCCUUGAAAAGAUGUUGUCCGAGAAACGCUUUCUACAUAAGGGAUCAACUCUUAGAAAUUUUCCAAGCAAGAGUAACAGAGACGUUUGGAAGCUAGAAAAAGAGAUCAAAUCAUUGAUAUUGAAAACAGUAAAGGAGCGCGAAGAAAAAAGCUUGGAUAACCCAAGCUUAGAGAAGGAUCUAUUACAAAUGGUCCUAGAGAGUGCUAAGAAUAACAAGUUAAGCACAAAGGAAUCUAAACGUUUCAUAGUGGAUAACUGCAAGAACAUCUACUUUGCUGGUCAUGAGACUACAGCAGUAGUUGGAGGUUGGUGCAUUAUGUUCUUAGGUUUAUAUCCCAAAUGGCAAGACCGUGUACGUCGAGAAGUUGCACAAGUUUGCAGAGGCCAAUCCCCAAAUGCUGACGCUCUACGGAAGAUGAAAAUGAUUGAAAUGGUGAUUCAGGAAACAUUGCUACUCUACCCUCCAACACCAUUCAUUUUAAGAGAAACAUUGAAAGAUACGAAGCUAGGAGAUCUCAUUCUUCCCAAAGGCAUAAGAUUGUGGACUCAGAUACCCCAAUUGCACCGAGACCCUAAGAUUUGGGGACCAGAUGCAAACGAAUUCAAUCCUAGUAGGUUUGAAAAUGGCAUCUCUGAGGCUUGCAAGUUUCCACAAACAUAUGUGCCCUUUGGAGCUGGGCCUAGGAUGUGUUUGGGCCGUAACUUUGCAUUGGCAGAGAUGAAGAUUCUGCUUUCUCUUAUGGUUUCCAAAUUCACUUUCUCUAUUUCUCCUAGAUAUCAACAUUGCCUCACAUAUGUGAUGAUUAUUGAGCCUAAGUAUGGAGUUGAUCUCCUCGUAAAGAAAAUAUGAUUGAAAAAUCAAGUAGUAGACGAUAAGAAAGAGGGUUUGGUAUGAUUUUAGAUUUAUUUAAGACUUGGAAUAGAUAGAUAGACAUUGUUUGAAUGAGUCAAGUAGAAAUGGCUUUAUAUGGAUUGUACUUAGUUAUAAAAUGUGAAAGGAUGUGUGUUAA